AUGAAGUACGAACGUCUUGCCUCGCUGGGUCUUGCUGCCCUGGGUGCCCUUUCCUCGGUGUCUGCCCGGCCUAUUGCGACCCCCGAGGACGACGAGUGGGAUUGUGGCGAUGAUGAUGUCGCUGUCAGCACGCACUAUGCGACAGUCACUCCCCCCGCUGCGGUCGAGACCUCUACCUUCACCGAUGUUGAGGCUACCACUGUGUUCCUCACUACGACCAUCACCCUCGGCGCUGGUCAGACCACAUCAACUGUCCAGACCGUGAUUGUCAACACCCAGGCUACCACGACUGCUGCUGCUCAGCCCACUUCCACCGUUGAGGCUGUGACUGUCAACACCCAGGCCGCCACGACUACUGCUCCUGCCCAGGUUUCCGUUGCCUCCGUUGAGGAGCAGAAGCCAUCCACCACUAGCACUAGCACCACAGCCGCCAGUGUUGCCACGACUGCGGCUGCUCAGGUCUCCGUUGCCUCCGUCGAGGAGAAGAAGGCCACUUCCUCUUCCACUAGCACCACGGCCGCCAGUGCUGCCACCUCCUCUGCAUCAUCUUCUUCCUCUUCCUCGUCCUCUUCUUCCUCCAGCAGCACCAGCAGCAGCCUGAGCUCCGAGUUCUCCGGCGAAGCCACCUUCUACGGCGGCAAUGUCGACGGCGGCGCCUGCUCGUUCAGCGGCUACACCAUCCCCUCCGGCCUCUACGGCACCGCCCUAGGCUCUCCCCGCUGGGACAACGCCGCCCAGUGCGGUUCCUGUGUCCAGGUCACCGGCCCCAGCGGCAACAAGAUCAAGGCCAUGAUCGUGGAUGAAUGCCCCGAAUGCGACUCCAACCACCUGGACCUCUUCCAAACCGCCUUCGCCGAGCUGGCCGACAUCUCCAAGGGCGUCAUCUCCAUCGACUGGGAGUACGUCGAGUGCGGCAUCACCACCCCGAUCAAGCUGAACAACAAGAGCGGCACCUCCGCCUACUGGUUCGCCAUGCAGGUCGAGAACAGCAACGAGCCCGUCACUGCUCUCGAGGUCAGCACCGACGGCGGCAGCACCUGGCAGUCCACCACCCGCUCCACCUACAACUACUUCGAGAACGCCAGCGGGUUCGGGACGGACACCGUGGACGUGCGCGUCACCAGCGAGUCCGGCGCCACGAUCACCGUCAACAACGUCAGCGUGUCGUCGGGGUCGUCGGUCACCGCUUCGUCCAACUUUUCUUAG